AUGAAAACAUCAGCUGUCGACGCGAAUAUUAGAUCCCUCAAUCGGACAUGGCUCUGUAAGGUUACGCAGGUCCUGAUCGACCAUUAUCAAACCACACUUCAAGAGAAGCUGACCACCAUUCGUGCCAAGUCUUUAUCAUCACCUGCGGUCGACCGCAUCGUUUCUCAUGCCCUGUCCUGGGCCCGUCGCUCCUAUGGGAAACGUCUCACUCAAGCUGUAAUCUCCAAAUUCUACCAAACAAUCAACGAAACAAAAACCAGAGUAACCAUAUCUCUACCAACUGAAAUGGACACUACACCUGCACCAUCUAGAGCCACCACGCUGCCGAACCAAACCCCUAAACGAGCCCGAAGUUCACCUACUCCUAGUCCAGCAGACAUAGGUAAACGCUCUCGUAGAGAGGGCACACCCCUUCUCUUUUCACUUUCAGACUCGUCUUCCCCUUCCACACCAUCUGAAUCUUCACCACGUGAUCCGGGAUCCGCCAACCUUUCUUCCUUCUGUGCGUUUUUGGACCAGCAAACCACCCCUCAGUCUCCAUCCAAGUCGAGACGUGUAUCCAGACCUUCCCCUCCUCGAACCAGAUCCCAGUCCGUUCCCAAUGCUACAAUUCUAACAACUACCAAACCAGUACCAAUCACACCGUCGACGACCAUUAUAUCCGCUACCAAACCGUAUUAUCACCAAACCAAGGACAAAUCAUUAUGGAAACUACCUGCUCUAAAGAAAUCUACCUUAAUAAUUGGAUCAUCUAACCUGAGUCGAAUUACCAAAACCAGUUCAGACACCGAAAUACAUUCUUACCCCGGUGCCCAAAUCCAUCACAUACAGUCAAUCCUGGAAUCAUACGACCAUGAUCCCAAACCUUCUACCAUUAUUCUUCAUUCAAAAUCCAGUCAUUCCAAACCAUCUCUUUAUUCCUUUUACCAUGAGAAAAAAGACAGCUAUUGUAUUCCACAAUAUAAAUUUAAAAAAGAAGAUAUCUUAAAACUAGACCAGAAUCCUCUGGAAUGGAGUAUUAAUAAUGUGGUAGAUUUUAUUAAAACUACAGAUUGUGCUAAUAUAUCAAGAUUGUUCCGAGAACAGGUUUAUGUCUUGACCUACAGAUGA